AAAGUACACAGCGUUAUUGCCUUCACUUUAUAUGAAUUCCUGGCGAAGCACUUGAACCGCUACGCAGAUCAGCUCAAAUAUAUUGUCGUCUUCCUCUAGCCAUGCUAAGGACAUGAGCUCCAACAAUUUUACUUUUCCUCCUCCUCCGCCCCCACCUCCGAAAGCUGCCGGCCCAGACCAAAACAAUAACACCCAGCGGCGAAAUAAUUUUGGGAACCGUGGUGGACAAGGCGCAAGAGGCAAUCGAGGUCGGGGUAGAGGCGAUGGGCAUGGGUUCUCAAGAGGCACAAGCUAUGGAGGUCGUGGUGGUGCGUUCACCGCACAGAGAUCUUCUGGAUAUGCAGCUCCGUCUACAUUGAACGCACAACCUCCGACAUAUCCACAUACACGCUAUCCGCAUACUGGUUUUCCGCCUGCUACAUCCCCACAAGCGACUCCAACCGGUCCAUAUCCUCCGACAAAUUUUCCUCAGCAGUAUGCGUCGCAGACCGUCAGUGCGCAAAAUGGGGUCCCCGGAUACAGCAACGUGCCUCUACCCUACGGUGCAAGCUCUCAGCCAUUACACAACAAUACAAAUAUAUACACACCGCCAUCAUGGCCAGCAGCUACGCAGUCUGUCCCGGCUUAUACGCCUAUGCAUAUGGGCUACGACCAAAACUACCCGGCCAACGCUCCGUACAAUGCUUUUCGAACCCCCGGCAACGACCACGCUCCCAGAGGUGGGAAACGUUCUCAUGGAAGCGCAGUGCCAAAGCCAAAAGCACCACCAGCUGUGCCCAGUUUUGGCGCCCCUCUGCCGCUUAAACCGCCGGCGCCGGAAGCUUCAGAUAACAAGCAGAGCCACAAGAGGCGGAAAUUUAAUUUACUUGGCUUGACUCCGCGAGGAGAAGAGCACGAGGAGAGCGAAGAAGACGUUGAUGAAGAGGCUGCAUUUUCCGGGGCUGCUGUGCCAGCCGAGAAACUCCAAUUCACCUACCGCGGCCAAACUUCUACUCUCAACAAUCCCACCGACCUAGCAGCAUGGAUCGAGGAACGACGAAAACGAUACCCCACCCAGAAGCGCGUCGAGGAGAAGAAAUCCCAGCAGCAGCGAAUUCUCGAAGAAGCCAAACAAAAGCGCAAAGAAGCACUACAAGCGCGCAACAAGCAGCGUAAAGAAAAGGAGAUACCACCAGAGCAAGCCGCUGCAAAGGCGCGAGUCAAGGCUGAAAAACGACGAAGAAAGAAGCUCAGAAAAGACGAACAGGACUCGGAGGCGAAUCCUCUUCUCGAUAAUCUGGAAGCCAAACUCAUUGGCAACCCUGCAGAUCCGUCUGCCGGCUGGACCAUACCCGACAGUGCUGCUACCAUCCCCACCUCUGGCACUACCGACGGAAAUACACCCCUUCAACCACCUGCCCCAGAACCGAUCCCGAUACCCGAAUCUCCCCAUAUCUCCGAGCCACGGCUAGAAAGUCAAUCUAAGCCCGCCGAAACCAGUCACAAUGUCGACAAUGACGACGGCAACGUCUCCGACGCAUCUUCAGAUAUCAGCGACCUCUCCAUCUCCUCCUCUUCCACGGAACCUUCGCCAGACGAAGACGAGACUUCCUCCAGCGGAUCUUCAUCAGACGAGGAUGAAGAUGCUGCUUCCGACUCUGAUGCCUCCGCACCAGAGGAAACAUCUACCCGUCGCACUGGUGGUCCCGAACGCGUACCCCCGCCCAAACGCGAAAAGCGCGAACAAGUAUGCAAGUAUUUCUCCCGCUCAGGCGGAUGUAAACGCGGGAACAAAUGCGCGUUUAAGCAUGAACAUGCCCCCGGCGCCGCCCAGGUAGCUGCGGAUAAAGCCGCGCGGAGACAAGCGCAAUUGCAGGAAAAGUCGGGCGGCAGGAAGACGCUGCAUCAACGGCUCCUCGACCGCCAACAAGAAGAAGAAGAUAUGCACGUCGUCCAAGCAAUCAAAUUUCUCGGCGAGCGCGGCUUCCUUACCAUUCCUGUACCUUUGCCCGGUCCUAGUCCUAAUCCUGGUCCUGGUCCUGGUCCUGAUCCCGGUCCUGGUCCCGGCCCUUCUGUUGCUCCAGGUCACAAUCCAUGAUUCCUAACCCAUCCAAUGUCACUUCCUCCCCGGAAAACGCAUCAUGCCCUAUAUCUUUUUUUCUCACACUUUUUUUCUUAACAACCCCGAGAUACCGCACAGCAUGGGUGUCAACGCACACCGUGGGCGUCACGAGGCGGAAGCUGGAUAGGCAUCUGCCUAUGCCCCUUUUGUGCUGCGGUUUCCAUGACAGCUUUCUUGUCGGAGCCUACCAGUUUGGCGUUUGUAAGGGGGAAGUCUUUUCGCGGUAGCAUCCUUUUGGCAAGGGGCAAGGGAGAUCAGAUAUUUCACGUUUUAGUGUUUCAGAACUUCCAUACAGCAUAGUGCAUUACUAAAGAGUACUUAAAAGCCGCAGGACUAAAAGGUCGCAGGACAUUGACGAAG